CGCUUACGGGUGAACAUUUUUCGGUUCAGUAUGCCACUGUGCUAAGAGCAGUACAAUCUUCAUUUAACGAACACAGGAUUGUUUGUGAACCGGCUAAGAUCAUGACUGACUUUGAAAAAUCUAUAAUCAACGCUUGUCAAGAAGUUUAUCCAAAUUGUCCUCUCAGUUGUUGCUUUUUUCAUUUCGGUCAAUCAAUGUAUCGACAAAUUCAAUCUGUUGGUCUUCAAGCCACAUACAAUGACCCUGAUGAUCGUUCAUUAAAAAUGUACAGUCAUAUGAUGCUAGCGUUGGCAUUCGUACCUUUGGCUGAAGUACCUCGCAUUUUCUCGCUUUUGAAAAAUGACGCGCCUGAAGAUUUAUUACCAAUUUUGGAAUAUUUUGAAAAAAAUUAUGUUGUAGGAGUAAUAGCUAGAGGGCGAAGACGAGGAAUUCUUCCACGUUAUCCGCCAGAAAUUUGGAAUCAGCACCAAGCCGCUCUAACUGGUUCACACAAAACCAACAAUGUAAGUGAGGGGUGGCACAAUCGCUUCCAGCUUGUUUUUAAAUUAUUUUUAUAA